AUGGUCUGUUGGGGUGCUUGGUGUCCUUUUGCUGUAGAUAUCAUACCGAAUGAUGAGAUUACUCUCCCUUUAAUCGGAGGACCAGACAUCAAUCCAGAUGAACGUUUAGCUUUCAAAAAUUCACUUGCUUUUCACUCUGAUUUGACCUCUCGUGAUCAGUUUCCAAGGAUUAAAAUUACAUUUCUGUGCUCAGAAUUUGGAGAGAUUGAGCACCUGCUAAAUGCUUCAACCAGCAUCAACAAUGCGUGUCCGACGCGAAACUGGAAAAGAUUGAAUACGGAAACUGUUGGAUUGCAACUUAGCUCAACUAAAAAUGCUCAAAAUCCUAAAAAAAUGUUCGAAAAUAGCAGCUACAAAGUGUAUUGUCCAUUUGUGCGCACUUGUACCUUACAUAGCAUUGUUGGUAUAUUGAACAGCGCUGAUCGAAUUAUAUAUGUAAUUCAGGAAGAAGAAAAAUUGAAUGAAAAAAUUUCUUCCAAUGAUGAGCGGAAAUGUGGCACUUAUACGAGCGUGAAAAUUUGUAGUUCACCAUUAGCUAGGACAUCAAAUAUAUCUCGUGCAUCUCUUGCUAUCCUUGCCGACAUUUCAUUCACUCAUAUAAAAGAUCGCAAUGGAAACAAACCGAAACUUUUAGACAUUGAAAAUUUCCCGACUCCAGAUAUCAAUGUUGAACUGAACGAUAAAUUAAAUACAAAUGAAAUCAUUGUGCAGUUUAUGGCCAUUCAAAUCAGCAGGGAAGAUGUUGGUUGCAUCAAAACUCCAAACGCAGUAUUCUUUACAAUAGAAUUCUAUCGCUUCCAUACAAUUACAACUGAAAGAUUAUGGUUAGAUAAGGUUCACACAAAAACAACUCAAGAACAGCUAUUCAUUUUGAAGCGCAAGGGAAACACUGAAGAGACCGUUAAGGAAGACUGCAAUGGCUUCACUGUCAAAUAUAUGGUCGAUGCGAAUUCACUUCCAGAUGGAGACGGAGAAGACUAUAUCAAUUAUCUUAUAAAUGGCUUUGCGAUUAUUGAUGUAUGGGAUGCUGACUGUUUAUUACCUCUUGGCAAGUUGUACAUUCCACUAAAGUCCUUGUUGAGGCAUGGAUCUGAAGCAGUGCAGGUUGAUGUACAAAGUGCGGCAGUGCUCAGCUGUUUUCCUGAACCAUCCAUUAUAACAUGUCAAGUAUUACUUCGAUUAAUCAAUAUUGGCUAUCCAUGUUUUAAACAAAUAGAUUCAGUACGAAAUCAAAUGAGCACAAUUGUGAGUCGUCAGUCAACUCGAAUUGGUCAAAGUGAAAAUGAAUCGUACAGAAUUAGGGCUAAACCACUGAAUCCAAUCCAUGAAAAUUCACUACAGCAUUUCUUGGCUGCUCAAAGAUUGGACAUAAAUCAGCGUUAUAAUGAAAUCAUGAACGAUCCGCCAACGGGGACAAAAAACCAGACUUCAGCAAUAAAGGCGCUCACGACAAAGGGAUCAAUGAAGCGGUAUUUGUUUCAGCAGGAAUUGGAAGCUUAUAAAAAAUUGCGUAAUGAAGACAAGGCAUCGAAGCUACUGAAAGUUGUUUUCAAAGCAAUAACUACGGAAUAUCGCAUUUAUCCAAAAUAUGGCCAAGUCAUAUUUUUCGAGUACAUGCUUCAAAAUACUGAAUCAUACCCAACUGUCAUCGUUAUAGACAUUGCCGAGAGUACAUUGAAACCACUUUUCGAUGUGAAAUUAUGGCAAUAUUACAAAAAUAUGUACCGAAUUGAAACUCCACUUGAAAGGGAUCUUUAUCAAAUAUCAAGAGAAAAUGAGCAAAUUACCGAAGUGCAGAUUUUCCUGAAACCGAUGGAAACUAUAUGUGCACCAUUUAUUUACGAUGGAUUUACGAUACCUCAGGAACAAAUCAGAAAUCAAGUUAAAAUAAUAUUCAAAAAGAAAACUGGUGGUGAACCGAUAGCAAUCUUAGAUUUAUUGGUCGAAAAUCGUCACAACAUAAUUUUCAAUUCAUUUCGUUUCUAUCAUGAAGCGGAAGCAACACUGUCCAAGAUUAUUCACAUUACCGGAUAUAAAAGUCGAGUGUUUUCCAUUCGUUGUACAGAUCCUCUUGUACUUACCUCAUUUAAAAAUAAUUGCGAUGGUUCUCAGGAUUUACAUUUUACGUGUCAAACUGGUAAAGCACCAAUGUUGCGAACAUUCACAGUGAUCUUUUUUGCUGAUCAGUACUAUAGCACUGUUCUCGGAGCAUGGUUAAUACACGUUCAUGCGGUGAAUCAAAUCAAUUUGAAUGCUGUUCGAGCACAGCUCCUCAAAGUUCCCAUCAUUUUCAAAAUUGAUGAUAACUGCGAUGGUUUGGUUCAUUUUGGAAGUUCUUCAAAAAAUUUUGAAAUUCAUCCAUCAGAUGCAAUUGCAGUGCAACGUGGUGGCACCUUAGAUGCUGUAAUUAAUUUCUUGCCAGAUUUCACAGGUUCUCGUGCGAUGCUAGUUUCGGCAACUGAUCAACGAACAAAUCACUUAUUGUAUCAAUGGAUGAUUGCAGUAAAUAUCCAAGAAGCCAAUAUCACUAAAAUGUUUGAAGUUUAUUUGCAAAAUAAAAGGAAUCAAACAAUUACAUUAGCUAUAAGGAAUCGAUAUGGCGUGGAACGUUCAUUUCGGAUUUCUUGUUCUCAUCCAGAAUAUGUUCGGAUUGAAAAUGAUAUCGUUACACUUUCUGGCUACAAAGCAGUUGACGUUUCUAUCACAUUCUUGCUAAAUAAUAGCUUGAAAUUGCCUGAGGUGCUUUUAUUUGUUACAAAUGUGGAAAAUAAUCUUCAGGAAGAAGCCUAUUCUCUGAAAUUGAUUUACCAUGAUUAG